GUUUCCGCGUGGAUACUUUAUGGCAGGGCCAGCGCAGAUUACACUUCCCUCCAUCUCCUUUUCAACUCUUGACGUUCAACGCUCGCUCGCCAUCACGAAGAAGAAAUCAUCUACUGUCGCUCUCAACCAUACCCAAAGUUGCCGGCCAUCUUUCCAGCGAUAGUACCCGACAACUUCUCACGACUUUGAACGCCUUUCAGACGCCUUUACUGGUCUUACCGCUCUGCGAAGUGUUCACAGUUGUCAGCCAGCAGCGACAGAAUUGGGAUCCUCACCUUCAACCUGACCGCCACCCAACUUCUCCACUCCACUCCUUUCUGCCAGCGACCCCAUCUACGAUCUGACACGAACUUCUCUUUGAAAUACCCUCUUCCUUUCAUACGUUUCUUUCUGCAACUCUGCGACAUCUUGAUUUUACGGCUUCAGAACCAUCGCAUACAUUCACAUUCACCUACUCUUUGUCCUGUGGCUGCCUGAUCGUUCAGGUUGCUCAGUCGUCAGAGGGAUCUAGUAGCGCGUGCGCUUUCCAGGUUCCUUCAACACCGCCAAAAUUCAUUCCAAACUUCUCGUCAAACUUACCACCGACCUCCUCUACAAUAAAUCAAGUAAGGACCCUCGUACACGAGCCGCAGUAUCCAAGAAGCGCAGAGAAGUUCGUCGCAGACCAAAGAAGCGUCCCACUUUCGAUCCCAAGGACAACAUAUACGUCAAUAAGAUCCAACCUAAGAUGAUCUCUCCCUCUCCCCCGAUGGCACCACCACCGGCUCCUGAGCAGGAGUCGGCGGCAGAAUGGUCAGAAAACUUGAACACAACCUUCCUCUGCAGCGACUGCAAGGAAUAUCCUCCUAAUAUCGUCGAAGAGUUCUCUUCGGGUGACCUCGUCUGUGGUUCCUGCGGUCUGGUCCUUAGUGGACGCAUUGUCGACAGUCGAUCUGAAUGGCGUACCUUUGCCAACGACGAUCAAGGCAACGAUGAUCCAUCUCGGGUUGGUGAUGGCGCAAACCCCCUUCUCAACGGUUCUCAACUUCAGACUAGUAUCGCUUUCGGUGACGGCAGCAAAGGAAGUCGAGAGCUCAAUCGUAUUCAAAGCAAGAACUCUAACGACAAGGCCACCAAGGGUCUCCUUUCCGCGUACAAGGAAAUCGGUGCACACUGUGACGCCGUCAACAUCCCCAAGAAUGUCUCUGACACUGCCAAGCAUCUUUUUAAGCUCGUCGAUGAUGCCAAAGCCUUCAAAGGCAAGGGCCAAGAUGCUAUUAUUGCCGGCUGUAUCUUCAUCGCCUGUCGCCAGUGCGGCGUUCCCCGUACCUUCAGAGAAAUCUACGCCUUGACAAAGGUUACGAAGAAGGACAUUGGUCGAACAUUCAAGGCUUUGGAGAAGUUUUUUGCAGAAGACAAUGCGAGCAAACAGGCCUCGGCAGCUUCGGGUGGUAAGUUGUGUAAAAUUGCUAUACAAGUGAAACGUAUUAACAUUCAGAAAAAGGCAUUCAAGCUCCGAGCCCUUACAAGGGUGCUCUUUCCACCAGUGCUCACGAACUUUGCGUCCGUUAUUGCAGUCAACUUGGUCUCAAGGGUCAGAUGUUUGUCAAGGUCUCGCAGGGUUUAGCUGACAAGAUGUCCACCGUCGGUGAUCUCGCCGGUCGUUCCCCUCUGUCGGUCGCCGCUGCUUGCAUCUACAUGGCAUCGUACUUGCUUGGUAAGCCUAAGGCCCCAAAGGAUAUUGCUCAGGUUGCUGGUGUCAGUGAUGGCACAAUCAGAACCGCUUACAAGUUUUUGUACAACGAUCGCGAGAGAUUGAUUGAGCCUGAGUGGCUUGGAGAGAACAAAGGAGAUAUGAGUCGUCUUCCAGUCGGCUAAAUGGGUGAUUCCAUGCCGUCUGCGACUAUCUUUCUUCCGUGUCGAGGUCAGCUAUAUGUGUUGUUGUUUAUGCAGUCGAACGUGGUUCAUGAAAUCGAGACACGGGCAGUUUGGGUUUGAGUUGGCCUAUCGUGUGGUACCUGGAGUUCUUUCUUUUCUUUUUUUCAAUUGCAGCGCAGGGAAAUCAUGUCCUUGAGCAAGAGGGAUCAUGAGAAAGAUCGUUGAUAUCACACUUGAACCGGCAGAUGAGCAAUGGGCUCCGGUAAUGACAGCCGAGGAGUUGCGGCUUGCAACACGAAUUAGAGGAAGAAAUGAGGCCAAAAAAAAGUAGCCGGUAAUAGUACUAAUCCACAGCAGGAUAGUCAAAUAAAAU